AGAAGGAAACGAAAAACUGCCAUGAGAACCGUCAGAAAAACUAGAUCGAAAAUGUAUAUCGACGAAUCAGACGACUAUGACUACGUACCGGUGACUAAAAAGAAUAAGCGAAAGUCGACGAAAGAGGUCUUAGAGAUAGUAGUGAAAAACAGUAGAAAACGCUACGACCUCCAGAAAAAAUGGCCCUGCAAAAAAUGCGGAGAAAUCCUACCGACCAAACGAAAACUCUUGUCCCACCGGAAAGAAGAACACUCUAAAUCAGACACGGAAGAGCAUACCUACAAAUACGAUGAGCUGCAAGAGCUCUACGUCUGCAACACCUGCUCAGCAGAAUACAUCGAAAAAAAAGAAAUCGAAAAACACGUCAGCGCUCACGAAGAAAAAUUCGAGUGCUCCAUAUGCGACAAGAAGUUCAAGAAAGCCUACGACUUCGGCACCCACAACUCCAUCCACGAUCCACAAAAGCUCUUCAGAUGCCCCCUGUGCCCCUACACCACCCCCAAACGCACAGGCUUCCUGGUCCACAUCAACUACACCCAUCUGAAGAAGUUCGGAUACGUUUGCGAAACCUGCGGCAAGGGUUUCAACGACAUGAUCCUCUACAAGGAGCACAACAACGAGCACCUGGGCAUCAAGCCCUUCUCCUGCAUUGUCUGCUCCAAGACUUUCACCUACUCCAGGUACCUCUUCACCCACCAAGUCCGCUCGCACAGGGUGGGCAUAGAAGGGCAGCUGCUGCCCAACCAGUGUCACGUGUGCAGCAAGGUGUUCAGCAAAGCUGCUACUUUGGAGAAGCAUGUGGAGGAAAGGCACGUGAAGCACCAGCUACCGCACGUGAAGAAACACCUGUGCGAUACGUGCGGCAAAGGUUUCGCGCAGAAGAACAAGCUCCGGGUCCACUGCCGGGUCCACACUGGCUUCAAGCCCUAUUCUUGCACUUAUUGUGCCAAAAGCUUCACCAAGAAGGACUAUCUGGUUAUGCACGAGCGGGUGCAUAGUGGGGAGAAACCGUACUCGUGUGAGUACUGUGGGAAGUGUUUCAGCCAGGGAGCUCCGCUGAGAAUACAUCUGAGGACCCAUACUGGGGAGAGGCCUUACGUUUGUCAGUUUUGCAGUGUAGGGUUCACUUCGAGAGGGGGACUCAACAUGCAUUGUAAAAAUUGUACUGGGAAUACAAUUUGAUGGCGAUAUUUAUUGUUUUUGUACGCCGUAUUAUGUUAUUUUCAAGCACACAUCGAACCUUCUACAUCUUUCAUGCACAGGUAUAUUUUUAUUCAUCAGCUGAAGCUCAUUAGAAGAUUAAGACGAAGUAGUUAGGAUGAGUCACAUUAUA